GGAGCCAGGCCCCAGCAAGGCCCCAGCCGCUCCCUCCCUCCCUCCCUCCCUUCGCCGCCCGGGAUGGGGCGCCGGGGCCGUCGCCGCCGUUGCUGGCCGCUUUGAGGCCGGGCCGGGCUGGGCUGGGGCCGGGGGAGCCGCCGCUGCCGCCGCGCCGUCCCCUGAGCCGCCCGGCCCGGGAGCCGAGAGCCAAGGAGGAGAAGGAGAAGAUCAGAAAGCGGCUUGGUGCCUGGGCCAGAGCCUCCUACUCUGUGCUCCCCUGAUGCUGGCUGGCCUGUGCCCAGAAGAUGAGCAGAUUGCUGGUGGGGGUGACCCUGGAGAGGAUCUGCAAAGCUGUACUGCUCUUAUGUUUACUGCACUUCCUCAUCAUCAUGAUUCUCUAUUUUGAUGUCUACGCUCAGCGGCUGGACUUUUUCAGCCGCUUCAAUGUGCGCAACUCGUCUUCUCGCACUCUUCUACCCUAUGUCAACGUCUCUCGACCAAAUGGCACCGCUGGGCCAUUGGGCUCUGAGCUCUUGGCCCCAAGUGCCAAGUCUGUUGGAAGCAACAGCACCAUCACCGAGAAGCCCUUACCACCCUGUCCAGAGAUGCCUCCUGGCCUAGUGGGCCGGCUCCUUAUUGAGUUCGGCUCUCCAAUGAGCAUGGAGAGGGUGCAGCGAGAGAACCCAGAUGUGCAGGAGGGUGGCAAGUACUCACCUCCUGACUGUGUGCCUCGCCAAAAGGUGGCCAUCCUCAUCCCUUUCCGCCACCGGGAGCACCACCUCAAGUACUGGCUGCACUACCUGCAUCCAAUUUUACGGCGCCAGAAGGUGUCCUAUGGCAUCUAUAUCAUUAACCAGUUUGGCGAAGAUACUUUUAACCGAGCCAAGCUGUUGAAUGUGGGCUUCCUGGAAGCCCUACGAGAUGAUGAAAGCUAUGACUGCUUCAUCUUCAGUGAUGUUGACCUUGUGCCCAUGGACGAUAGGAAUCUAUAUCGCUGCUAUGACCAACCCAGGCACUUUGCUGUCGCUAUGGAUAAAUUUGGUUUCCGACUGCCAUAUUCUGGCUACUUUGGAGGUGUCUCUGGUCUGAGCAAGACACAGUUUCUGAAGAUCAAUGGCUUCCCUAAUGAGUACUGGGGCUGGGGUGGGGAAGAUGACGACAUCUUUAACCGAAUCUCGCUGAAUGGCAUGAAAGUGUCCCGUCCUGAUGCCCGCAUUGGGCGUUAUCGCAUGAUCAAGCAUGAGCGUGACCGGCACAAUGAGCCCAAUCCCCAACGGUUCACCAAAAUUCAGAAUACCAAGGUGACCAUGAAACGCGAUGGCAUUGGCUCACUGCAGUACCGGCUGGUGGAGAAGCUGCGCCGUCCCAUGUACACCAACGUAACCGUGGAGAUUGGCCGGCCACCCCCGCGUCCCCCUCGGGGUUGACUCUUUGCUGCCUGGCCUUGCCCAUGGCCCCAUGCAUGAGGAGCUGUGUGUAUUCCAGCCCUGACUGGUUCAGAGGACUGUGUCCUGGCUCGGAGGACCUGUCUGCCUCCUUUGUGGGGAUGGGGGGAAAGGCCACGAAAGAGGUCUUUGCCUUGCCCUGGCCUUUGGCUGGAACCCAUCUCCUUAUCACUAAUUGGUUCUUCACAGUGCCCUUUCACAGAUUGGGGAGUGAAUGUUGAGUGUGUUACAGUGCCUGGCUUACUGCGUGAGGGUUCUGGCACAACCAAGCCCCAUUCCUGGUUGAAAGGUGUCCAAGAGGAGUGGAAGACAUGUGCCAGUCUUUGGCAGAGCCCAUCCCCUCCCUGAACUAUUUUGCAGGGCCAUGUCCCUAACAGAUUCCAGAAGUACAGUAUCUGUCCUUUCUUCUUCUUCUCCUCCUCCUCCUCUUCCUCCUCCUUCUCCUCCUCCUUGCAGCCUACAAGACUAUACUGCCUUCUUUAGCCCUUCUUUUAGGGCAUGGCAUGGUCCUGUGCCAAUUGCCAGCUAUCAAGGUGGUUCACUUGUGCCCAGUUUGAGAAAAACUUCAUCCCAGCAGAAGCUCCAGUAGGUCUGGCCACCGCCCACCUCCUUUCAUGGCUUGGUGCUGUCCCCUGCUGGGCCCUGGCUGUCAUUUUUGGGCUCUAGUAAGACAGGGGUGUUUCACACAAACGUUCAUUCAGAAUACUUGAGUGCUUCCUGGGUUAUUGUGGCAUGCAGCCUAUCUGGCAAAGGCCAACAGACACCUUGUUCCUUUACUGCUGGUAAGCUGGGCAGUGUAGUUGUCUCUCUCCAACAGGAUGGUUUCUGUUGCAGGAUGGGCUUGCCUCUUGUUUCCAUAGGCACAAAGUACCCUAAGAACAGUGUUACCAAAAAGAGGAAGGUGAAGGUGGCUUCCUAUCUCUUCCCCUUUCCCCUUCAAUCUACCAUCCUAGCAAGCAAUCCUACCAUCCCUGCACCAUCUCCCAGGCAAUUGGCCCUUGACCACACAUACUGCCCUUUUUGUCAAGCUGCCAUUUGCCACCUCUUCAAGCCAGGCCCCUGGGUCUACUAUCUGCUUGUGACUCAUAAUGGCCCUGUGCCUAGUAACCUGGAGCUAGGAAGCUGCUGGUGUCCCUUAGUUCUGUUUAUGGUGCCUGGCAGGUAGACUGCACCUGACUACUGCAAGGUGGCAGCUGGGCCAGGCUUGAAGCCAGGCAUCAGCGUGUUGCACAGCCCAGGUGUUGGUGACUUUUGUACAUUUGAAUGUUUUGAUCCCUUUUCAAGCCUAUGGUGAAUGCAGCACUGAUCACUAUGAUCAGACUUUUGUAUUCAGUAAAGUUUCAAAACUUGGA